UGAGCAUAGUGAGAUGUCAAAUAUAUUUAUAUAUAUAGAAAUCUCUGUUCUAGUUGUUUGAAAGAAUGUUACUUCUCAUCUCAUCUUCUUCAUCCUUAUCAUCUUUCUCCUCCUUCUUCUCCAUCUCAUCUUCUUCUUCCCUUUAACACUCACUUUGUCUCUUUUUCUCUGCUUGUUCGAAAAAGAAGGAGAGUGGGAGAAAGAGAGAGAGAGAGAAAAAACUACCCAAAGAACAAUUCGAACAUUGAAAAAAAAAGUUUCUAUUCUCUUUGAAACUCUUCUAUUCUAUUCUAUUAUUAUUAUUAUUUGUUAUAACCUUUUUUAAACAUGAUCAAUUGAAGACAAACCGAAGAAGAGGGAGAAAAAUGUUGAGUUUCUUUUUUUUUCUUCUCUCAUCUUCUUUUCCUCAUGGUGAUGGUGAAAAGAGAUGAACAUUGAGAGAGAGAAAGAGAGAAAGAUAGAGAUAUAAAGAAUCAGAGUAAUAUAAAGGUAGAAAGAGAGGAAAGUGAUUAUUAUAUGAAGAGAAAAAUCAGUUCGAAGAAGAGGAAAAGAGAUAAUAUAUAAAUAUAUCAAUCCUUUUCUCUUUCUUUUUUUAUCACUUUCUUAUAUUUCUCUCUUGUAACAUCAAAAUAACUUUGCUCAUCAUCUUCUUAUCUUCAUCUUUCAUCCUCUUUGAUUCUCUUUCUCUUCAACCAUUGUUAUUACUUUUUUCUUUCUUUCUCCUCAUCUUCCUCUUCCUUUAUUUACUCAUCAUCACCAUUCAUUUCAAUGGAUUACCUUGGAUUCAUCAUGAAACAUUCACUUCAUCCAGUUUAGCAUCCUCAUCAUCAUAUCUUAUUCUUUGCCUCAUCAUUUCAUCAAUUAUCUUUCAUCAUCUUAAUUAUCAACUGUUUGUGUUUCCAUAUUCAAGUUAUUCAAUUUCAAAUUCAUUCAUUUUUUUUGUUACAAUUUCCUGGUGAAUUUACCGUUACCUUCAUCGAUUUUAUAUAAAUAAAAUCAAAGUGAUAUCGAAGAUGAAGUCAAUUGCAAUUCCAAUUGAUUGAUUGUCUUGAUUAUCAAUUGUUUGCUUCAAUUUUUAAUUAAUUGUGUGUCUCUGUGUAUUUGCUUGUGUGCUAAUCAUUUGGAUAAUCAACCAUUUGGAUUGUCAAUUUAAAUGCAGGAUAAAAUCAAUUCACUUAAUAUACUUAAACAAACCUUAACUGGUGUUGGUUAUAAUAGUAAUAACAACAACAACAACAUCAGUAACAAUUUAAAUCAUUCAAUUAAAUUGUUGAAAGGAACGGAGAGUAAAGUUAAUAACAGUUUACAACAAUUAACUUUACCAACAAUUACUUCAGCAUCAACAUCAAAAGGUAACCUGGUUAAUUGUGGUAAUAAUAAUUCACUUACUCAUAAUCACCAUGGAAAUGAUGAUGAAGAUGAAAAUGAAAUUGAUAAUAUUUCAAUGAGAAAAUUAAAUUCAAAUGAAAUUAAUGAUAAUAUUGAUGAUAAUUGUUCACCUUUAAUUGCUUCCUGGCAUCAACAUGUUUACUCACAACCACCAAUUAAACCAACACCCUUUUUAAUUGCUAAUAUUUUGGGUCUAUCAUUAACUAAUUGUGAUAAGGAUAACAACAACAUUUCAACAUCCAAAUCAACACUAAAUUCAUCAUCAUUAUCAACAACAACACCAACACCAACACCAACAUCAUCAACAACCACAACAGUUAAUAAUGAUAAGAUUAACAAGAAGGAUAAAAAAAGAUACUCAAAGGAUAAACUAAAUUCAACAACAAUUAAACAACAAUCAACUAAAAGUAAACCCAAAAGUCAGAAAAAUAUUGAAAAUAAAUCAUCAAAGGUAACAUCUAAAUCAUCAACAAGUAGAUUUAAUUGUGAUAAUAAUAUAAAAACCAUUGGUAAAUCAAUUGAACCAACAAUCAAACUAACUUCAUUAGUAAAAAAUAAUCAUAAUAAUAGAUUGGAAAUUAAUAAUAAUAAUAAUAAUAAUAAUCUAAAAUCUAUUGAUCCAUAUUGUUUAGUGUCUCACUUAAAUUUCAUUGAUAAUAAACCAUCAAAGAAAACAAUUAAGAGUAAAUCAGUUAAAUCAUCAGUUUCUCUAGAGGAUAAGGUAACUAAAUCAGGUAAAGGACGAGGUAAAUCAUCAGCAAUUAAAAAUGUCUCUUCAGAUAAUCAAAUGAAAAGUCACAAGGAGAGAAGCAAGAAAACUUUUAUCCCACCGAUGUCAAUUAAAUCAUUCACAUCUCUACCCAAUUUACUACCUCCACCACCUCCACCACCACCACUGCCACUACCUUUGUCCACUCCUGUCACAUCAUCGCCUACACCUUUAAGUUUACCUGGUAUUCAAUCAGCUGAUCAACCAUUAAAUUUAUCCUAUGGUACAGUAAAUGAAAAUCGCCGUUCUGAUAAAAAGUUUCCCAAAGAAUUGGAAUCAACAUUAAUAUCAAGUUCGAGUUGUGAAACCUUAAGUGAAGGUUAUCAAUCAUCAGCACUUGAUUUAUCUAAAUGUCGUUCAUCAUCAUCAUCACCAAAAGUAUCAUCAACAUCUCCAACAACAACAACCCUAACAACUACAACUACUACAACAACAAUAGCCUCAACAUCAUUAUCCUCAUUGUCUUCAUUAUCAUCUCAUUCACCAACUUCUUCAUCUUCUUUGUCACCUUCACCAUCAUCUUUACAAAUGAAAUCAUUAUCAUCUUUAUCUUCAUCAUCAUCACUGCCAUUGUCUAAAUCCUCGUUGUCCUUAUCAUCUUCACUUUCUGUGCCCAUCACUUUCAACAAUCGUAAUAAUAAUGAAUCAAUAUUAAAGAUUAAUUCUAAAUCAUCUUCAUCAGCAUUAUCUUCAAAUAAUAAUAAUAAUAAUACAAAUCUCAUCUCUUCCUUAUCUCCAUCCUCGUCAACAUCAUCCUCAUCAUCUACAAAUAAUCAUCCAACUGUCAAUUCAUCAUCCUCCAUACCAGGAACAGUAACAACAACAAUUCAAACAUCAAAAGUCAAAAAUACCUCAUCAUCAUUUACCUUUUCAUCCUCAUCAUCUUCAUCAUCAUCUCCAUCCAAUUCCCUAAAGUUAACUGUUAACUCUGAUCAAAUAACAUCGAAACGAUCAACAACCAAUAAUAAUAACAAUCAUCCUGAUGAUAUAUUAGAUUUUUCAUCUCUCCAACGAUUAACUAAAUCAAAUUUAACUUCCGACUAUCUUAAAGGUGGAUUAUCUUCAUCAACCAAAGGAAUAAAGAGAAAGAAAGAAUCGAAAGGAAAAUCGAGUUUAUCUUCAUCUUCAUCUUCCUCAUCCUCGGUUUCCUUGUCUACCAAUCACAAGGAAUCAUCAAUUGAUGGUGGAAAUACUCAUCCACAUGGUUUCCUCAAUUCAACUGAUUUAAUUUCAUCAAUUGCUGGUUCUGGUGUUGGUGGUGUUAAUGGUUUAUCCUCUUUAUCAUCAUCAUCAUCAAUUAACUUUGAUGAACUCAAUCCAGGUAAAGUUCAUCAUCAUCCUCGUCAUCACUUCCAUGGUAAUAAUAGUAAUAAUAAUUCAAAUGAUGAGGUUGAUCUGAUGAUGAUAAAUGGUGAUGAUAAUGAAGAUAGUCACAUUUCAACUGCAAUAUCAAUGGAGUCUGGUCAUGAUGAUGAUAAUUGUUACAAUGAUGAUUCAAUGGGUGGUGAUGGUGAAGGUGAUUUAAUUGACGGAAAAGGAAAUCGAAAGAAAAAAGCUCGAACCACUUUCACUGGGAGACAAAUUUUCGAACUUGAAAAACAGUUUGAAAUUAAGAAGUACCUUUCAUCUUCUGAAAGAGCGGAAAUGGCGAGGACACUUUCGGUCACAGAGACUCAGGUUAAAAUUUGGUUCCAAAAUCGACGAACCAAGUGGAAGAAAUUAGAAGGUAUCACCAAUGCUCAAGCAGCAGAACAUCGAGUCUCUGGAGGAGGAGAAGGUCAAGGAGAAAAUAAUAACAGUAGUGGUCAAGCGAAAGUAAAAAAAUCGAAAGGUUCAAAGAUAAAUUCCAAUUCAUCUCGAAUUCCAGUUAAUAGUGAUUCUGAAUUAACGGCAAUAAACAAACCCAAUGAGUCUACAAUUUUUUCGGAAUCUUGUGAAAACGCUGAUCUUAUGGACGUUGAUUCGAACACUUCGAACAGCAGUUUCAUCGGCGGACAUAACGACCGGAAGGAGAACAAUCAACCACCUCGAAAACCGGAAGAAGACGAAGAAAAAGAAGAAAAUUUCAAUGAAAACAUCGAAAAGUUUUCAGAUAAAAUCAAAGACGAGGUUAUAAUGAAUGAGAAACAAUCAACAAUUAAUAUGAUGUUUGAUGACGAUGAUAAUGAUGAUGAUGAUGAUGAGGAUAGUCAAGCACCUUUGAAGAUUGAUGAAAAUGAAGGCAUUUCCGAUGAAGAUGAAGAAGAUAAUUUUAAUAAUAAUAAUGAACAAUUAGUUACAAAUAAGAAGCAAUCAAACGAUGAAAAUUAUCAUAAUGAUGAUGAAGAUGAUGAUCGAAAGGAAAAUGAUCAACCCGUUUUCAUGAGGAUUCCGGUUAACGCAUAUGAAGAUAAAUCUGAUUGUAAUCACAGCGAUACUAAAGCUGAUUCAGAAUCAGAACAAUCAACUUUAGUUAAAUGUUUGAAUAUCAAAUUGAACGAAAUGCCUUCAAAUGAUAACAGGGUUCUAGAUGUUAAUUGUAUCAAUGAUUCAUCUUGAUCGAUAUCAACUAAUCAUCAUUCAUAUUCAUCAAUUUAUAUAUGUAUCAAUAAUUAUUCAUAUUCAUCGCAAUUUGAUUUACAAGGUUUUUUUUUGUCUUCUUCCCUUCACUUCUUGUAUUUAAUUUUAUCAACAAUUAACGGAAGGGAUUUGAUUUGAUUGAUCAUUAAUAUUUUAAUCUCCUAAUUACAAUGAUAAAUUCAUAUUGAUUGGAAUAAUAAAUUUAACUCUGAGAGUGAAAAUGAAAACGGAAUUUGUUUAAAUGUCAUGAGAAAUUUUUCCUCUCUCUUUUCUUUCUUUGUCUAAUUCAAUCAUCCAAUUUAACAAUUAACUAAUUGUAAUUCAUUCUCAUCACAAAAAAAUCAAUAUAAAUAUAAAUACAAAUAUAAAUAUUUAACUGUAAUUAAGAUACAACAAUAAAGAUAAACUAUCAUUCAAUCAUUUUCA